AUGGAUCAGAACACGCCGAGCCCGAACAACCAGGAAGACUCGGAUAAGACUCCCCGCUCUGAACUCCCCUCUGUCGCUGUCACCCCUUCGCCUGCUUGUGAGGAUCCUCAGCGCUCCUCCGAGGACGAUUACUUUGCUCUGAAGCCUGCCUCGAAUCGUAAUUCGCUUCUGUCCCCCGCAGUCACCGCUACCCCUCAUAGCCUCCGACGUACAACCACCUAUCCAGAUACUCCCAACAGGCCUGCUGUCACGAGGGACCUUUCCCAUGCCUCUGUCGCUAGCGUUGAGAGCAACUUGAGCACCGUCACUGUCAAGGCUUCUGAUUCUGGUCACGAGUCGUCCAGCACGGCAACCUCUCCUCUCUACACACGGCCUAAAUACCCUAAUCAAGCCUUCUCUGCCCUACAGCAACAGCGAUACCCACCACCUCAUCUCCCUCCAACACUGCGCACCAAAACUCAUCAUCCCGCGCAGCCAGGAGACUUCCGUCAAGCGAUAAAUGCUUUGCACAAAACCGGUGCUAGAACUGCCGAUAACACUCCAGCUGUAACACCCGGCUUGUUCACACCUAGUGUGCCUUCAGAGCAAUCGAAUCUGGGCCCUGAUGAACACGGAUUCUACGCGAGCCCAUUUCUCCACUUUACUCACCGCCAAGCACCCAAAGAGACUCACAUUGCCGAUGUUGAUAUUGAUCCUAUAUCCGGAAGAAAACUGAUCAACAACUAUGAGAUCAUUGACGAACUCGGCAGAGGCACACACGGCAAGGUCAAACUCGGUCGCAAUCUUGCUACCAACGAGUAUUUGGGUAACGCCGAAGAUAAGGUCAAGAAAGAGGUCGCCAUCCUGAAAAAGGCUCGACAUCCAAACAUUGUUGCCCUAUUAGAAGUCAUUGACGACCCCGCUCGCAAAAAGGUCUACAUUGUGUUAGAACGCGUCGAGCUUGGAGAAAUUGUAUGGCGUGCGAGCGCUCCCAAGGAGGUUGCUCUGGUAGAGAACCGCCGCUACGUCAGAGAAUCGCACGGUGUCUUUGACGACGAAGAAGCUGAGGCUGAGGACCGUGCUAUCCUCGACGAGGCCAAAACACGGCGUCUCAAACAGCAGAGACGAACCUUGAGAAAGCUACGCCGACAAAGGAAUGCUGGAAGUACUGGACCAGGAGCAUGGAGUUUCGAAUUUGGUGGUGAUACCGACGAAGAUGAUUCGGACGCAGACCAUGCGUCAAGGGUAUCCACAUCGACAACCGAGAAGAGCGCGGAUAAAGUAGGAGUCGAUAGUCGUCAGCUAUCAGCCGUACUCGCACAGUUCUCUAUUGGUGAGAGCGAGGGAGCUGAUCCCGGCACCCCCGUCAAUCCCGUCAAUCCUCAGGCGUUCUGGCAAGAAGUCAGCCCAGUCAAACUCCUGGAAGGGACCAUGUACGGUUCCUACGAAGAAGAAGAGGUAGAUGAAGAAGCAGACCGUGCGCCAAGUUUGGCCAGUAGUGUGCGUUCUUUCGGUGCUCAAGACCUUCGUCAUCCAGAAGAACGCAAAUUCUGGGAUGCUUCAGGAGCCCAGAUUCUUGACCGCGACCUUCAUCCCGAUCUGCAAUUCGUACCCUGUAUGUCUAUGAAUGCUGCUCGAGUAGCCUUCAGGGACACUGUUCUUGGGCUACAGUAUCUCCACUACCAGGGCAUCAUCCAUAGGGACAUCAAGCCUCCUAACCUAUUGCAAACAGCUGACCAUCGGACAAAGAUCUCGGACUUCGGUGUUUCGUAUCUUGGUCGUCCAAUCAAUGACGACCAAGUCCCUGAGAACCUUUCAGAAUCUGACAUGCAGGACUUCGACGAAGCCAAAGAGCUCGCAAAGACCGUUGGCACUGCAGCUUUCUAUGCCCCUGAGCUGUGUUACACUGAUGGGAGUGGUGAAACUCCUCCAGUCGGACCUGCUAUUGAUGUUUGGGCCCUUGGUAUCACUCUGUUUUGUAUGCUCUUCGGUCGCACACCAUUUGUCGACAACGAAUUUGUCGUCAUGCGACGCAUCGCUGAUGAAGAGAUCUACGUGCCCAGGAGGCGUCUGCGACCAGUUGACCCACGUCCCAAAUCUCGUCCAUCUUCUCACGGCCGCUACUUCCCACCUGCCGCCUCGGGCAAGAGGUCAGAAUACGAUCUUGCGUAUGAAGAACUGGACGACUUACUCCUCGACUUGUUCCGUAAGCUGCUUCAGAAGGAUCCGGCGAAACGUAUUACCUUGGAAGAAGUUCGACAUCAUCCGUGGGUGGUCCAAGAUAUCUCAAACAAAACUCUUUGGCUUGAUGACACAGAUCCUUCGAGACAAUCACAUGGCAAGAAAAUCCAGGUCUCUAAGGAAGAAUUACAAGACGCUGUCGUCCCUGUCAAGUUGGUCGAAAGGAUUCGUUCAGGAGUGAAGAAGACCAUAGGAGGUUUAAUGAGCGGCCUAGGUCGCGCCAGUUCGACACGAACGAGAACACCCUCAAUGUCGGGAUCACACCCUCUAUCGGCUAGCUCUUCGAGCAGUGCGAUUAGCCAAGAGGGACGAAGGAAUAGCUUACGAGGAGAUGAGAGUAUUUUCUCUGCCCUGAAAGCUUCUCGUGAGACCGAACACCCUCUGGCACAAAGCGUUACUGUCAGUCCGGAGCAAGGCCCGAAUCGCGACGCCUACUUUUCGAGUCUCAGCACACCAACCGGAGCGACUGACUACCCAAGCCAAGGUGAUAGAUCAAGAUCUAUCAUGUCUACCACCACCUCUGUGCGGACCAUCAAACCAUCCGACACACUUCUUCCACAGAUCACUCCUGAAUCUCCUCCCACGUCUCCCGGGCUAGCUUCUUCGUCCUUCGAUACCGUCACCAACAUUGGUGGUCUCCUGAGCGAUGCUGGCCGUCGCAUAUUGAAGAGCGUCAGAGAUCGCAGUACCGCAGGUCGGAGUACAGACGGACUGGAGAGAUCAGCUAGUAGAGCACCUUCCGAAUCGAGUGAUGCACACGCAGAUCCAAGUGUCGCUGUCAGUAAUACACAAGCCUCAGGCCACCUGGAUCUUCCGGACGUGCUCAAAAACAUCGCACGCCGACGUCUUGAGCAUGAUUCGGCAUGGGACCCCGACAAUCCAGAUCGACUUCCUAACGAAUCAACUGGAGACAAUUUCCGCAGAGCCGAAGAAGAAUGGCUUCGACGCAGCACACGAAAAUCGACAGCCGAAACAAGCAUACACACUAGUCGUGCGACAACCGACAUUCCAGAGACCUGUCCGCCCAGUCCAGAUGAUGAGUUAGAUUUCUAUAACGACAGGGACGAUGGUGAUGAAGACGAUGACGAGGACGAUGAUGACGAUGAUGAAGACGAGUUAGUAAUUGGAGGAUCCCGAUCCGACCCACGCCGACGUAGUGCCUACAUGCACGAGUCCCAGCCUACCAGUCCAACAAGCUAUGUUUCGGGCCUGCAACCUCUGAUGACGCCGAGCUCUUCAGAAGAUCGCUUUCCUCCAAACACACCAAUGUCAUGCUCGAACCCCUCAAUUCCCUCUUUGACGACCAUCGACUCAGAGGCACCGCAAGAAAAAGCAGCGGAUGAGCAAGGCGAGCCUUUAGGUCCCAAUGAGGCACCGUUCACACCUUGUGUUCCUGUGCUUGAGGAUGACGGAUAUACCGGCGAUAAUGCCAUCGAGAGCGAUGAGUCUGAUUAUGAAGACUCGUCUGACGACGACGGCGGUCUGCAGAUGGUACGUCGGCGCUCUGCGCCCUUGACUCCUUCCGGCGGUCGAGGGCUCGGGGUCAGCAGUACAUCAUACUUUCCACACAACCCACGACGAGGAACUGGAUCAUCAGCCUUUUCCAAGAAGUCGUCGAGGAGUGGCAGCAACAACACCAUGAAGAAGAUACGCAGUCAUGAUGAGAGCGACUAA